AUGCACAUCUCCGCAGCUCUUACCGCUCUCACUCUCGCUUCUCUCGGUGGUGCCCUCGCCGCGCCUACUGCUCCCGCCGUGGCCACUACCACCGUCGCUGCUAACCAUGACGUUGCAGUCGACACCACCGACUCCGGUUCUGCUGAUAGCCUUGGUCGCCGCGGUUACUACAUGGAGAACAACCGUUACCGCAACGACUACGGCUAUAGCAACAUGCAUCGCCGUCCUAAGCACGAGAACUACUACAUGUCCAACAACAACGAAUGGGACAGGGACUCCCACCGCAGGGGCCGGAUGUACAAGCGAAGCGAAGACGCUGCCGCCGAUGCUGGCUACGGGGGCUACGGGUACAAGGUGAAGCGAAGCGAAGACGCUGCCGCCGAUGCUGGCUACGGGGGCUACGGGUACAAGGUGAAGCGCGGCGACGACGCUGCCACCGAUGCUGGCUACGGGGGCUACGGGUACAAGGUGAAGCGAAGCGAAGACGCUGCCGCCGAUGCUGGCUACGGGGGCUACGGGUACAAGGUGAAGCGCGGCGACGACGCUGCCACCGAUGCUGGCUACGGGAGCUACAAGCGCGAUGAUGCCGAGACGGCCGGUUACUACAACGACUACGAGCACAAGAACUACAAGCGCGGUGACGCCGAAAAGGACGGUUACUACAACGACUACGAGCACGAGAACUACAAGCGCGAUGAUGCCGAGACGGCCGGUUACUACAACGACUACGAGCACGAGAACUACAAGCGCGGUGACGCCGAAAACGACGGUUACUACAACGACUACGAGCACGAGAACUACAAGCGCGAUGAUGCCGACAAGGCUGGGUACUCCAGCUACUGA